AUGGAAGACACGGGCUCUCUGACUAAACAAGCUGAAGCAACUGUGGCUGCAGACUGGAAAAAAAAGUUGACUCCAGAGCAAUUCUAUGUCACGAGAGAAAGAGGAACGGAACCGCCAUUUAGUGGGAUCUAUCUGAAUAACACAGAAUCGGGAAUAUACUACUGCGUGUGCUGCAGUGCCCCGCUGUUCAGCUCAGAAAAGAAGUACAAUUCUGGGACUGGAUGGCCAUCGUUUUCUGAGGCUUACGGUACUUGUGGCGGAGAUGAAAGUCAUACCAAUAUCAUGAGACGACCAGAUAACUCAUUGGGAUCGAGCAGAACUGAAGUUGUCUGCAAACAGUGUGACGCCCAUUUAGGCCACGUCUUCGAUGAUGGUCCCACACCUUCUGGGCAGAGGUUCUGUAUCAACAGUGUUUCAUUAAACUUCAAACCAGGCUCCAGUCAGUGA